AUGGCUUCCCGGGAACAGGCAAACUCACUAUUAUUGCGUGACGAUUCACCACAUGAAAAAGAGCAUUUCGCUGGGUACCGGUGGUCCUACUUCUCUUCCCUAGGGGAUGGGCCUUUAAAAUCACGCGCCCAAAGAUUCCUUGAAUCAAUCAACUGGACUUCACUCAUCCAAUGUGCCUCCGCAAAGAGGAAUGGGCUGAACUGCCAAUUACUACCCGACGUUGGUCUGGGAUACAAUCAUUUAGUUCGAGUCAUCGAAUUUGCGGACGACACGCGAUGGGUGGCAAGGCUCAGGAUGCCACCUUUGACAAGGAAUGACGACGAAGCAGCGAACGCAUGCAAAGUAAUGGAGAGUGAGUACGAAACUAUCAGCCUGAUCCAGAGAGAGAGCGAAAUUCCUGUUCCACAUGUCCACCUAUUCGAGGCCAACCCAAGCCGCAGCGUUGGGGCACAGUUUAUGCUCAUGGACUGCCUCAAAGGAAAUGUUGGCAUGGACUUGAGCAUGGUUAUUCCCACUAAACACAAGUUGGACGUCUACGCCAGUAUGGCUGAAAUUCAGAUUGAUCUGUUUAACAUCCGAUUGCCGAAAAUUGGGAAAGUCGUCGGGAUAAACAAGGAUGGGACCUACCGACAAGGACCGCUACCAAACCUUGGUGGCCCGUUCGACACUGCGGCGGACUUUUUCAGAGCCUGGUCUUCUAAAGCGAAAUUUGGUCUCUCUGAAAGUCGACUUCGAGACGCCGCAGGCCAAUACUUCGACGAGGUAUUGCCUUCUCUGUCUUUGUUUAGAGAAUGGGUGAACGAUAACGCGGAGUGCCUGUCAGUCAACAAUACAGGACCGUUUCCCUUAUGUCACGGUGAUUUUGGUCAUAACAAUAUCGUGUUUGACGAUAACUACCGCUUGCUUGGUGUCAUCGAUUGGGAAACAGCAUUUGCGGCGCCAUACGAAACAUUCUGUGAAUUCCCCCUGUCUCUCUCGGUGAUCCCACCUGCCAUGGAUGUUCCAUGGAAAUAUGACGAAGCGGGUCGUCCGAAGGACCCAGAAAUUAGGCAGAAGUUUGCCGACAGGGCAACUUACAUCGCUAUUUCGCCCUUGAGGAUGCUCAACGGCAGUAUCUGGCUUCCGCGAUGA